AUGAUCCCUAAAAACUACCAGUAUGUCCUGGCCUUCCUUUUUGCUGUUCACGAGAUUAACAAGAAUGCUGGAUUGUUAUCCAAUAUCACACUAGGAUCCGCAGUUUAUGACAAUGCAUUUAAUUCAAGGCGAAGCUCUUGGGCCACUCUGGAUUUUCUCUUUCCAGGGCAAGGGAGUCACACCAAUUAUCACUGUGUUGAGAAAAAGAAAGUAAUGGCUCUCAUUGGAGGGCUCACCUCCCAAAACUCCAUCCAGAUGGCCAACAUCUUGAAUGCAUACAAGCAACCACAGCUCAGCUAUGGCUCAUCUGAUCCAGUGCUGAGGGACAAAAUUCAAUUCCCGUCUUUCUAUCGAAUGACCCCAAAUGAAGAUCCUCAGUAUGAUGGGAUUGUUGAGCUCCUCAAGCAUUUUGGAUGGAACUGGAUUGGCCUCAUGGUGUCAGAUGAUGACAGAGGAGAAACCUUCCUUCGGAAACUGAGACCAAGGCUUGAGCACAAUAACAUUUGCAUUGCCUGGGCACAGAUCGCCCUGCUUGUGACAACAUUUUUACCAAUGGAAAUACUUCAAGAAAAACUGAGACCAAUACAAUCAACUAUCAGCUUGACUGAAAUCAAUGUAAUUCUUGUGUAUGGGGACAGUCAGUCGUUGGAAGCUUUACGAAUAGUUUUGUACUCCAUGGAAAUUGCUUACAUGCGCCCAGCAGAGAGGGUGUGGAUCACAACAGCUGAAUGGGAUUUCACAGCUUUAGUAACUGGGACUGCUACCUCCCCACUCACCCGUCCACCAACCCACAUGACUUACCUGAGGCCUCCAUGCACGCUGGUGAGCCGCCCGGCCUCCUGUGCCAUGAAGGCCUCCUCUCUGAUUAGUGUUGCAAACUAUGGCAGGCUGGAGAGGACGCUGGACAUCUCACUAGCAUGCAUGGAGGCCUCAGAUGCUGGCCACUGUGAGACAUGCCCAGAAGAUCAACAUCCAAACAAGAACCAGGACAAAUGCAUUCCCAAAGGAAUAACUUACCUAGCAUUCGAGGAGCCCUUGGGAGCAGUUCUGAUUUCCUUUGGACUUUUCCUGGCUAUGAUCACAGUGGUUGUGAUGUGGAUCUUCAUUCAGCACCACAAUACUCCCAUAGUCAAAGCCAACAACUGGAGCAUCACAUGUUCCCUGCUCUCAUCUCUGGUGCUCUGCUUUCUCUGCUCCUUCUUGUUUGUCGGUUGGCCUGGGAAGGUGACCUGCCUGCUGAGGCAAACCGUGUUUGGCAUCAUCUUCUCCAUCGCUGUUGCUUGUGUGUUAGCAAAGACCAUCACUGUGGUUUUGGCCUUCAUGGCCACAAAGCCUGGAAACAGGAUGAGAAAAUGGGUUGGGAAGAGAGUGGCUGUAUCAGUCAUCAUUCUCUCUUCCUUGAUUCAAAUUGGCAUCUGUGCUGUGUGGCUGACGACUUCUCCCCCCUUCCCAGAGUUUGACAUGCAUUCCCAAGUUGACGCAAUCAUAGUUCAAUGCAAUGAAGGUUCUGUCCUCAUGUUCUACAUAAUCCUAGGCUACAUGGGCCUUUUGGCGAUCAUCAGCUUCACUGUGGCUUUCUUUGCCAGGAAGUUGCCCGCUGCGUUCAAUGAAGCCAAGUUGAUCACUUUCAGCAUGUUGGUCUUCUGCAGUGUUUGGGUUUCCUUUGUGCCAACGUACCUGAGCACCAAAGGGAAAUAUAUGUUGGCUGUGGAGGUCUUCUCCAUCUUGGCUUCUAGUGCUGGCUUAUUGGGGUGUAUCUUCCUCCCUAAAUGUUAUGUUAUUUUAUUCAGGCCUGAGUUGAACACCAAAGAUCAAUUAGUAAGAAAAAAGAUGUAG